UGUAGGCGCCUUGGCGUCGUUCCCUGCGUGCCUCCCGUUCACUUCAGUAGAUGACAAUCUCCCUCGACGCACGCCUCUCUCUCUCUCUCUCUCUCUCUCUCUAGGGUUCGAGUUCUCCUGAAUAUCUUGCUUGCCUUCGGGAAUCAAAAGUUGAGACCUCGUGCCCGCACUGAUCCUUUUCGCAUUUCCGCCUCAUCCUCCUCCGGGAUUUGGCCAUGUCUACUGACCCUCUUUGCCUGUAAUUCUGUAUCUGUUCUGUGAAAUUGGCAAUUUCAUUAUUGUCGAUCUUUUGGGUUGUCGAAUUGGUCGAGGAUUUGUCUUGCUUGAAACAUCGAAUCCCCAAUUCAUGUAAAGCGCCUCCGUCGGGAAUUCGGAUUUGGUUCUUCGAUUCUCGAUGCCCAUUUGAGUUCUCUGCAUUUUGAUUAAGGUUUCAGCCUGUUAAAAUGGACAGUGCUUCGGACUUCCUUCCCCAACUUGAGGAAGAUAUGUCCUUCAAAAUACUGGAAAUUUUGGACAACCCUUCUGAUGUUGUUCGUGCCGGCUGUGUCUCGCGCUCCUGGCACCAAUUUGUGGUUAGAAACAGCCUUUCUAAGCGGAUGUGCCUGAGAAUGUGUCCUCAAUUGUCUGAAGUAGUCCAUGUGACUGAGCCAACCUCCUCUGAGAAAACUGUUGCAGAAGUUGGACCGAGCAACUCUUCAGAAUGGGAAAACUUGGAGAAGGAGCAUAGGAUCUAUGCUUACCUGGCCCAUUGCUGUACUAGAUCAGAUGUCAGAGUGUGCGUUAAUGAGGCAAUCAGUGCUUCCAGCACUGAUAAUUAUCCCGAGGAAAGUAUUCAUAACACUCUUGAGAGUAGGGAUCGGGUCGGCCGACUCGCCUCAUACUGGUCGAGUAAAGGGAACAAGAAUCCUUCUGCCCCUGAGAGACUGAUUUACAAGCUUGCUGGUGACUUGUGCAUCAUCACUGAAAUUGGUAUUCAACCUUUCCAAGCUUAUUUUCAGUCGGGCCUCCCAAUAUACUCUGCCGAUUUUGUACGUUUUCGUUUGGGCCAUCCUAAAGGCUCGAUGGAUACAUCAGAUUAUCAGAUGGAUCGGGCAGACAAUGAAACUGCUCAUGAAAAGUUCACGUGGACUUAUACUUCGCCUGAAUUUCCCAUGGCUCAGGAAAACUGCCUGCAAAAAUUUAAGCUUGCAGAGCCAGUUCUCUGCAUUGGUGGAAUGUUGCUUGUCGAGCUACUGGGAAGGGUACAGAGACAAGAAAUGGACGGCCUGUUCUACAUAUGCGUAACUCAUGUUCAGGUCUGGGGGCGCCCACUGUCACCUGCUUUUGGAGUUGAGAUACUCGAACCGGAAGGGAAGUUCGCCCUCAAGGUUCAGAAAUAUGACCCAAAAUGCUUAGAAGAAACAAGUGCUGUCGCUACAACAGCGCUGCAAAGGCGUGUGCUGUACUUGGGACGGAUCUUUCAUAUGCUCCGAGGACAUGUAGUUGAAGUUGACUAUGACUGGGAUGAGAACCAGGAUGAAGAGCAGGAUGAGUCGGAUGAUGAAGUCUUAUUAGGAUGAUCCUGUCAAAUGACUGGAAUCGUAAUAAUUUCUUCCCGACCAAGACCAACUGACCUUUAAUCUCUUUCGCCUUCUCAGGCUUCUUCCCUGAUUAUAGCCGGAGGAGUGUUGAAUGUAGAGACAAUUUGCUGUCCAAUAUAAUGUAUAUAUCCUGUGAGGUCCUGAAUUUAUUGACAGUUCUAUA